AUGCCACGGCCGAAGUCGUCGUUGCCGUUGCCGUUGCCGUUGCCGUUGCCGUUGUCGUUGUCGUUGUCGUCGUCAUCGUAUCCGUCGCUCGCCGUUGUCAACUUGGAGCGCGUUAGCUGGCCCCACGGGCGACUCACCAUAUUUUAUUGUCGCGUUUGCCGACGCUAACCGCUGGUGUACGGCUCCGUGCCCGAUCUACGAAGAUGCCGACCUGACUCGACCGAGAGAAAGGAAGGGAAGAGAAGAGAAGAGAAGAGAAGAAAAGAGAAGAGAAGAGAAGCGAAGUACACAGAACACUCGGCCUACUAGUAGAGUGCGGUACGAAUUCGCGUGGGUACGCGAGGUGCUGCCGGUAGUGGCAUCAUCAGCCACCAGCAGAGGUGGCACCAGCUCCCCCACCACACCGCGCGACGUGCCGGCCUGGACCCUCCCACCCAACUUACGGAUUUCGAUUGCGUUGUUCGCUCGUUCGACCGAACGCGCUACUUACAACCCACCGUCGGAUUUACCAUCGCCUAUUUACAUUCCCCGUGAACGACACACACCGAUCAACAUCAUCGGAUGUCAGUGUGAUGAUUUGAAGAAGUGCGCGUGUGGAUCGUGCUCGACGGACGAUCGAAAUAUAUAUCUAUAG